AUGGCGCCUUCAGAGGGUACCAUGAAGGGACAAUCUUCCCUACACCGCCUGAAAGCACUUGACCAGCUCCCAAACGUACAAUCGCGGCUUGAUGAAGCAAGAAGUCUCUGUACCCAUACGGCCAGAGCCGACAUGAUUUUGAGAUGGACCGUCGAAAAAGUUAAGAGUGACGAGGACUAUCGAUCAUGCGUCUCCACGUGGAACCUUUUUGCUGCAACAUGCAGACUCUUACCCCUCGAAAGAUUGGCUGCGAUACUCGCUUCAGCCGACUUCCUCAGGCUUGCCAGCACCGCGAUAAACGCCGAAACGACCAGCUUCGAGGUCGUUAGCGCCAUAGCGGAUUGCAUGAACCUGCUUCACGCCUUAUCGCAGGACCCCUCUGGAGCUCCACUGAGAGCGUUGCUUACUGCAGAUGGGGCAAAUGCGGUCACUUUCACCGGCCAUUGGUAUGCAGCAUGUGCUCGAGUGCUUCAAAGCUGCGACAGAGCGGAUCUCGAGUCAAGAUGCGGCGCGCUUCUCAACUCGGCCUUCUCCGUCUGGAAUUUGCGUAGACGCUCCCCAGCCGAGGACGAACUGUUCGCGAAGCAAUGUCUGGUCCCGUGCACAGCCGUACUGGCUGCACUGCCCGCGAGUACUGCGAGACCUAAACGGAAACGGGGCACCAAUAGCACGUUUCCCAUGGGAGACACACGACAGACACUCGAAUCCAUGCUUGCCAGGCACGUCUUCCUACCUGCUCGCGAUGUGUUCUUUGAUGCGCAGUCUGCACACGACCACAAUCCCAGAGAUGGGAACUCAGGGAAUAGCGUCCUAGAUCUGCCGCAACGGCUUCAGGCAUUUAGCGGGGCUAUCACAUCUAAGCAGCUGUCUCCGGGAACUGCGCCGGCUUUGUUAGGCAUUGCGCUUCGAUGCAUCCCAAUGACGACGCAGAAACAGCGGGUUCGAGAGCGACCUUGGGUCGAAGCGAUCUUUGCUGCCUUGCUUGAUUGUGUAGUGCUGAACGGAGAGCCCGUCGGUGAUAACACCCUCGUCGACAUGCUUGUUGUUGUAGGCAACAAAGCAUCGUUAUCCGUUGACACGCUGUCCCACCUCAUAACUAGAUAUGGAAGUUGCGGCGCAAAUAGCGACCGAAUGGCACAAUUGGAUUUCUUUGCACAGAUCGUACGCCUGGAUCCGAACGUCUUCGUCAGACCACAGAUGGCGAGCUGGCUGUUUGAGGUCGUUGAAGCGGCUGGUAAACAUCUGGUGUCGUCUGCCGAAGAGCAAGUUGCAGAUUCGAGGGCUCUUAGGGAUCAGCUGCGAGACUCUAUCCUUACGCCAGUCAUGGAGGCGUUCGCAAGAAACCGUAAACUGCCAGCCUUCAUUGAGCGUUGGCAUCAGACAUUACUCGAGCUACCGCUGUCGCAGAAGUGCUCAAUCUGGCUCGAGCUGCGCCAACCGCUGAGCUUCCUUAUCGAGGCGAACAUGACCGGCGACAGCGUAACGGAGCUCGUUUCACAUUAUCGUGGCGCGUUGGCCAGAAAUGCUGAUUAUUCUUACACGGGGCACACGGCAAGCAUGAUUGUCUUACAAGGGCUGUUGGGCGGCGUGCGCGACGCUGAACUCCUGGACGAACUUCAUUCCCACCUGCAUACACUCUAUGGUGCGCUUAUGUCCUUAGCCGACCAAGCGAAGAAUCUCCGCGGAUACUGGACGUUUGUGAUCACUGUCUUCGAGAGAUGGUGGCCCUCGUACCUUGCUCUGAACCGAGACCCGGCAUCGCUGGCCUCUCUGGCUGACCAAGUGGUGGGUAGCAACGCUGUGCGCGUGGGCACGAGUUACCUUGAUUCGCUCGAUCUUCAGAAAGACGAGGAUUCCUCUAUUCUCGAUGUAGAAACGGCAGAAGCGGUGCAAUUUUUGUGCUGUGUUGCGCACCACCUUUCCGACCUUGAUAUGGAGGAGUCAAGGCUUCCCUUCAUGAAACGAGUCAUGAAGCAUGUCCAGCGUGGCGACCUGGAGGGUAUUAUCAGAUACCCAAAAUGCCUCGAUCUCUUCGAGAUAAAGGCAGCUUUUCUUUUUGAGCCAGCAGCCAGGGCAGUUCUAGACGGACAAGACGUAGAGGUGGCUACCGAGAGCCUCCGCGCUCUUACAGCGAGCAUAGUGGACAACGGUUUAACGGAGAUGUUUGUAGACCUGGUCCUUACCGGUACGGCUUCUGGAGAGGGAGACUCUGCGGAUCCUCAGCCUAUGGUGCUGGCGAGCGCCGCAACCGUGGUCAAGUUUCGAGUACUUGCAGACGUUGCCCCAUCAAUAUUCUCUGCUUCGCAUAGACAACGCGUACUGGACUGGCUCGCCUACCCGAAGCUCGACGUAUGGGGCAGCUCGCAUGCUCCACAGCAGCGUCUGGCGCUUAUGGUACGACUGCUCAAGCUGCCGUGUCCUAACGCUCGCAUGUUGAUCGACGCUAAAGCGCUGUGGCAGCUCAAAGAUAAGUCGCGGGACACCGGACCGAGUUCUGAAUCUUGCAGGAAGGCUGAUGUUAAUGAGUCCACCGCCUCCAUGCUCGAGCAGGUAGCCAAUGCGAUCUUCCUGCGGGUUCGCCAUGAUCUUAGUCGCGAUAUGGCACGAUCUGUAAUGCGUGCUCACUGGCAGAACGCGAAUGCUUUUGUGACGACGCUGCAGCUUGAGCCGAGCUUUGACGGGAUGCUUGAUGGCGUUGCAACAGUCAAGGCACUUCUGUCGAGUGCCGAUAAUGCGAACAGUGACGAUGGCACUGACGCUGAUCUCAAAGCCAACACCUUGAACUCAUGGAUCUCCACUCUGUCAGACCAUGUCGAGAGAGCUGGAAAGCCACCGAUGCAGUCCGCCACGAUUUUAGCUUCACUUGACGCACUGGCGCACUUACCGAACUCUUCGCUGACAUCGACGCUGUUCGAAGAGUCAGCUGAGACAGCCCGACUCGUGCGUAUAAUCAAGGGGGUCCUGGAUAGCGCGCAGCAAUCGCUACAUGAUCAAAGGGAUGAGACUGUCCAACAGACAAUCGCUGUGCGCUGUUUUGAGCUUAUCUGUCGGUUCAGGCUGCAUCCUGGCAUUAACGAGCACCAGCCGAGCAGCUUGGCAUUGCAGCUUCUGGAAACAGGCUUGACUGCGAGAGAGCACGCGGCAACCUUGACAGCAUUCUCAAACUUUAGCGUGACGGCGAAUGCACAGGAUCGCUCGGAUCUGCUGCAAAAAGUCCUUCCAGCAAAUGCAACUCCGUCACCACAGCAGAUGCUGCUUGCGAAGGUGCUUCUUUCCACUCUCGGCAAAGACGACCUCAAUAACAAAGAGGCGGCAUCACCUCAACGUAUACUGGAGCGGAUCUUGCGAGUUACACGUGAGACUACUGAGCUACUUACCAUCCGUAGAGCCUGCGCGUGCGUUUCUAUGAUCCUCAAAGAGAAGCUUUUCAUGGUCAAUCAAUACACCAUCGAAAUGACGCUUGAUCUAUGGCAGGCGUUUGAGCAAAGCCAUGAUCACGACGCUCUACGGCUGCUCUACCUCGACUUUUGCCGCAUCUUCACCGUCUUGCUGCAGCAACACCGCUCCAGACUGCGGGACCGCAUGCACAUGGUCAUUGUGCUUCUGCAAGCGCUUUUGACUCGCCUGUUCCGGAUCAAGGCUAAGGGCUCGAUCAUUGCAGGACUGUCGCCACGUCACGCCGGCGUUCUGGCUCGUAUUGUGCAAUCGCUCUGCAAUCCUCCGCUGUUGCGUGGCAAUGCCAAAGGCUCGGACCUCGUAGAUCAGGCACGCAAGGCGCAGGCGCAUGUUGGACAGUACGUGCCGUUACUGCUACACCAUUACUGUGUGCAGAUCUUGGCAGGCACGCUCGCUGAGGGUGUGAGAGAAGCGCUAUUGCCAGGCCUAUGGGCCGUGAUCAAGGCUGUCGAAGUGAGUGAUACGGAUGGGAUGAGGUCAUUAAGUGCGGCAAUGAAUAAUAGCGAGAGGGCAGUGUUACGGAGUCUGUACGAAGACUACAAGCUAUUCGGCAAGUAA